AUGCACUGGUGCCCCGGAAUCGGGCCGCGGGCGCGCUCCUUCCUGCGUGACUACGACGCGCUCCAGUCCCUCGCCCUCGCCCUCAUAUACCUCCAGAUUGGUUGUGCGCUGAUUGGAUCGCUUGGUGCGCUGUUCAAUGGGGUUCUUGUGAUAAACCUUGUGAUAGGGCUAUUUGCUGUUGUUGCGAUUGAAAGUAGUAGCCAAAGACUUGGCCGGACUUAUGCUGUCCUGCUCUUCUUUGCUAUCGUCCUUGACGUUGCAUGGUUUAUACUCUUCUCACAUGCUAUAUGGAAUAGUACCCCUGAUGAGAAGUAUGGUCAACUUUUUGUCUUCUCACUAAGACUUGCAUUGUGGAUGCAAACUAUUGGGUUUUCAGUGAGGUUUUUGUCUUCAUUUAUAUGGAUCCAGAUGUACAGGUUAGGGGUCUCAUCAAGCACGCCAACAUAUUAUGAAGCAAAUGAUGCAAGAAAUAGUUUCUUGAGCCCCAGAUCUAAUUCAGUUAGACGGGGUUCAAUGGCUGAUGAUAUAUUGGGUGGUUCAAUUUACGAUCCUUCUUACUACUCUUCUCUCUUCGAAGAUGUUCGAAAUAAUGCAUGCAAUCAUCAGAAAACUCGCAGCGCCAUGCAGUCCGGUACCUCCUCGUGCACCAGCGGUUUUUGCUAUGGCGUCUGCAUGUCCAUGUCGCGGCAAUGGAAGCACUACGUCGGGGCAACGCCUCCCUGCGAGCUCGCUCACACGCCACUCAAACUCGCCGUUGUCGCGCAAGGAGUUGAGCACGACAAGCCCGCCCACGAGCUUCUUGUUAAGGAAGAUCUGGGGCAUGUGGGUGGCGUUGCCGACCUUAGACGUGAGACUGGCAUUGCGCUUCGGGAACAUGCCGAGGCAAUGCUUGGUACCAAAAUCAGGAGAGGUCAACCUGCCAUAUGCAUGAAUAGGCAGGCCAGGAAAUCCUUGCACGGCGGUGUGCUCUUACCAAUCAGCGAGCUCCUUUCAUGCACGUCUGGAGACAUCUAG